UCUCUCCUCCUUGCAUUCCAAAGUGAGGAUUUCCUGCAGUAGACCAGAAGCGUUGGUUGCUGCUGGGGCUGGUCUCUGUGUGCCCUGCGUGUGUUUACUAGCUAUAACCUUACAAAGAACGGAGCCAGAACAACAACAGAUACAGCUAGUCGCCUGUAAAAAGAAAACAGCGCUACGGAAGCGCUUAUUAUUGAAACACGCCACGACGAACAAGAAAUCGUGUUUGUUUCGUGCAAGGCGCAGGAAGGCGACAGAAAACGGGAAACAGUAGCUAGCUCGCUAGCUAUCACAACCACCGCUUUCCAUCCGUUGAUACGAAGCAGAAGAGACAGCCUCAAAGAGAAAGGCAGCCAAAGAGAGGAAAUGAAGGACAAACUGAAGAGAAAGAAGGAGCGCACGUGGGCUGAAGCAGCACGCAUGGUUCUGGAGAACUUCUCAGAUGCCCCCAUGACACCCAAGCAGAUCCUGCAUGUCAUUCAGACCAAAGGCCUCAAAGAGAUGAGGAGUGGCACUGCACCCCUGGCCUGCCUGGUGACGAUGCUGCACUCCCAGGUUCGAGGAGACCGAGUGAAGAACAGCAUCUUCUUCAAACUGCCAGGGCGAAUGAGCCUCUUCACACUCAAGAAGAACGCCCUCCAGUGGACAAAGAGCCCAGCUGCGCCAGAACCUGUUGAGGCUGCAGUGGGGGCAGGGCCAGGGGCGGGCACCGGAGAGGGGGCGGAGCAGGAGAGUUGCGAUUCCACAGAGACGGUGACUGCUGGGGGAGAGAAUGAUGUGUCUGUUGAUGAGACUUCCUCCAGUGCCUCCUGCUCCACUGAACCACAGACCCGUCUGAGCCGAUCCACACAGUCUGGAAGGCAAAGGAAGAAGGCUGUGAUGAUGCCACGCGUGGUCCUCACGCCGCUCAAAGUCAACGGGGAACACGUGCCUUCAGGGCCCAUGAAGAGGAGUCGAGGGGUGGAGGUAGACUUUGAGACCCCAGGCUCCAUCCUGGUGAACACCAACAUCCGCGCCCUCAUCAACACCCGCACCUUCGCCGCCUUCCCUCCACAGUCCCAGCAGCAGCUCCUCCAGCUCCUGCCAGAGGUCGACCGGCAGGUGGGUGCAGAUGGUCUGGCUCGCUUAAGCAGCUCAGCGCUCAAUAACGAGUUCUUCACACACGCCUCUCAGAGUUGGAAGGAGAGGCUGGCAGAAGGCGAGUUCACCCACGAGAUGCAGGCCCGUUUCCGGCAGGAGAUGGAGAAGGAGAAGAAGGUGGAGGCCUGGAAGGAGAAAUUCUUUGAAGAAUACCACGGCCAAAGGUCCGGGCUGACCCUGGAGGAGUCCCUGAAGCUGACGGUGGAAGACUCCGGAGACGGCGUGGGGAGCGUGAUGCGCAGUGAGGCGGGCGUGGCGCCCAAGAGGCGCAGCGUCGGGCGGCGGCGCCGGGACGGGCGCAUGAGGAGGCGCUCGCAGGCCGACCUGAGACGCAGGGCCAAGCGCCCGCUGUGCAAGACGGCCCUGGCGCAGCACGUGGAAGUGGCCGAAAAGGCCCCGGCAACACCCUCCGGCCCUCUGCCCGCCGACGAGGCCGCUCCCCAGGGGGAGGUCGUCCUGCACACGGACUCCACCGGCGAGGCCCUCGUGGGACCCGCCUUCACCGUUCCCGUCCCCGCCCCCUCGCCCGCCGCCACGGCCGCCGAACCCGAGCCCGAGGUGUCGGCUAGGCUGCACCCCGAGGCGGAGAUCCCUGCGGCCUCUUCCUCAUCCUCCUCCUCCCCCUCGUCUUCGCCUUCGUCCUCGUCCGACAGGCAGGGCACGUUCGCCGCGAGCUCCGACCCGCCCUCCGCCGUGGCCUCUCUCGCUGACCCGCUCGACCAGGAGGCGUCGGUCUCCACAGCGACCGGCAGCCGCGAGGGUAGCCCCGCUGUCAGCCCCGCUCUUAGCCCCGCCCUCAGCCCCGCCCAGAACAAGGAACAGAAGAGGAAAGGGGAGGAGCCCCAGGCCUUCACCUGUUUCGCCGAGAAGAGGGCGCGUCUCGACGAUUGUCAGUCCUUUCGUAACACAAUUGACUGUGUUCACUCCGAAAAGCCGCAGCCCACCACGGAAGAGCCCAAGGUCCCACCUAUCCGGAUCCAGCUCUCCAGAAUCAAGCCGCCCUGGGUUAAGGGCCCGCCAACGUACCAGAUCUGUCCCCGCAUCGUGCCCCCCGGCGAGGGCUCCCGGCGGGGCGGCACGGGGGCGCGCACCCUGGCGGACAUCAAGGCGCGGGCGCAGCAGGCCCGGGCCCAGCGCGAGGCCGCUGCUGCUGUUGCAGCCACUGGGGACGGGGCGGGGCCAGGCGGGGGCGGCCCGGGGGGCGGUGCUGGAGUACCGGAUCGCAGCAGCGGCCGGCGGUCGCGGGAGCACCCGGGGCCCGUCGAGCCCGGAGGACCUGGAGGAGGAGGAGGAGGAGGAGGAAGAGGAGGAGGAGGAGGCGGAGGCGUGGCAGAUCAGGGAGCGGCUGCGGACUCUCAUCAGCCAGGAGCACAACUAUUGCUGCCCAAUGUAGAAUCUGCCACCCCGCCUCCUCAGACAUCCCCGCAAGUGGGGGUGAGCGCCGGUGUUCUGGAGCAGGGAGAGGAGGCUUCUGGGGAGGCGGCGUUAGACCCGCCUCGGCUGCCUGCGGCGGAGGCUGAAAGCGACGUGCGUUCAGAUGAGCAGCGUGGCGGCAACGUGUCCCAGGACCAGACCCCCGCGGCUGAGGAGUCUUCAGCGCAGAACGGCAGGGGCGUGGCGAUCGAAGAGGCUCCGGCGCUGAGCGGCAGGGCCGCCGUGGCUGAGGGGCCUCCCGCCCCGAGCGGCAGGGGUCCCGGGGCUGAGGUGGCCCUCACGUCUAUCCCCGACACACUCCCUCGUUUCGGAGCCCGAGGCAUGGACGUGAUCAGGACUCUGACCGCCCCCGUGCCGCCCUCGGAGGGAGAGCAGGGUGCGGGAGGGGCCACGGUGCAGCCCGCCGGGUCGCCCACGCCGUCCAGUAACAGCGCAAGCGAGGAUGAGGAGGGUGGGCUGGGGGAGUGCGGCGCGGCGGCGGGACAGCCGAGCUCCGGGGCGAGGCUGCCGGGCGGGGCGGUGGAAGACGCGGGUGCGCACAGCGACUCCACGGAGACGGCCUCUGACUUCGAGAACGAGACCGCCGAGGAGGGCGCCAACGACUGGGGCGCAGAGUCUGACUCCAACGGCCGGUGCAUCCCAAGCGCAUCCCUCAGCCAGACGCACCUGCCUGAUGCUGUCCACACCUCGCUCCAACGCAUCAGCCAGAACCAGAGCGUCAUUCACGCCCCGCUCCAAAACUCCGCCCCCAGCCAGUCAGUCAUUCACACCCAUCUUCCAAACACUCCUCAGAAGCAGGCGAUCCUCCAGUCCCAUCUCCCGAAUGCAGCCGGCAGCCAGUCAGUCAUCCAGGCCCAUCCUCCAAAAGUGCCCCCCAACCAGCAAGUCAUCCAGCCCCCUCUCACUAAUGCUACCCAAAACCAGCCAGUCAUCCAUGCCCCACUUUCUAAUACUCCCCCAAACCAGCCAGUUAUCCACGCCCCCCUGUCAAAUACUCCCCAAAAUCAGCCAGUCAUCCAAGCCCAAAGCCAUGGUGUUCACACCCAUCCCCUGGAGGCUCCACAGAGCCAGGCUGCGGCCCAGUACCAGCCUGAGAGGGAGCAGGGUUGUACUGCUACCCCCAAGACUGUUGACGACAGUACUUCAGCCAUCAAAACGGAUGCGGAUGAGCCCAGAGCACCAAGCAAAGCGCCCUCUGAUGACUGCAGGGCCUCGCUGAAGCUGUCUGCCCCGCCUCUCAGGAAGGGGCAGAGCUCUGCCCGGCAAGUGUCCUCGGUAGAGGCUAACAACCCGCUGGUGACCCAGCUGCUGCAGGGCAGCCUUCCACUGGAGAAGGUCCUACCCCAGCCUCAUUCCGCUAGCAAGCUGGAGAUUAACCGCCUUCCCGCCGGGCCGCCGCCGAUUCCCCAGCACACACCGCACCCCGCUAAUAAGCGGGACAGCAGCCGCCAGCCUGGGGGCCCUGCCCGGAACCACACCCCCCGCUUCAGGGAGGAGUCGUCGGAGUUCCCCCCUCAGAGCCACCCCAAAGCUUCUGCUGUCAUUCGGGCUUCUCCCGGGGCUGGGCGGGGCUUCGGUGCGCCGGCCAAUCCCGCAGCAGCGAGUCGGGAGGGCACGGCGGGCGAGGCCCGGGCGGCGUGCCUUCUGGAGGAAGCCUCGUCCCGGGCGGCGGCCGUGCAGCAGUUCCUGUCCCAGCAGGGUGGGGCGGCGGCGGGGGCGGUGCCCGUCAUCACGUCCCUCCCCUCCAGGCGCCCUGCGGAGUUUGGACAGAACGCUGCCUUCCAAUCAGCUGCAAUCAAAGAGCACCCCACGCCCCAGACGCCCCAGGGCGGCACCCCGGAGAGACCUGCCGGAGGCAUGGGUCCCCUGUCCCACUGCAGGACCACGCCCGAUGCCCCAUCCCCUCCCCACGGCGACCUCUGCCCCUCAGAGGUGGUCCCCACCGUCAAGAUCAACUGGCGGCCCAAACCCCACCCCCAACUGUCCCCUGCUCCAACGGUGAAGAACGAGGUAGUUCACCCCCCAUGCCAAGCUCUUGCCAAAAACUCACUUGCUGUUACCACGACCAAAAAGGAGGCGCAGAAUUGUGUGGAGUCCCGGGACAGCUUUUUGGCUGGAGGGGGAGGGGCUAUGGAGGGACUGCUGAACAUGGAGAUGUCUCUGCUUCGCAUGGCCAAAAAGGAGCAGGGCAAACCGUACCCACGGCCAGGAGACUCCUCCUCCUCCCCCUCCCCUUCCUCCUCCUCUUCCUCGCUCCCAUUCCAGGUCAGUGUUCAGCAGCAGCUGUACAGCAAGCUGCCCAAGCUGCAGCAGGGUGUGGCAGGCGGGGGCGUGGUCGGCCCGCCCGGGUUCAGCUACACCGCCAACGUGUCGGUGGUGGACGGUAGCGGCUUCUCCAGGAACAUUGCUGACAGCGUGCUGCAGCUUCGCCAGGGGGGGCGCCAGAGCGCCACCCUCAGCAUCCAGGCGUUUGCCGACAGCGCGGCCGAGGAGGUGGCCUUCAAGUGCUCCUGCAGGCUGAAGGCCAUGAUCAUGUGUCAGGGCUGCGGUGCCUUCUGCCACGACGACUGCAUCGGCCCCUCCAAACUCUGCGUGUCCUGCCUGGUGGUGAGAUAGUACCCUGACCAGAGCUCCAUGCCUGCAGCGGGCGGCCGGGGAUGUGCUCUUGUAUCAUAA